CAGCUCUACACAGCCUCAAGCUUAGGACUUUUUUUUUUCUUUUUCUCCCCCAAAGAGAAGAAACUCCAUUUUCUUAUGAAUGGAAAGUGAAAAUAUCCGAUCCGCUUAAAUUUGGGAAUUUUUCUCUCUAUUAAGCAGGGAAGGGGGAAAAAAUAGAAAGAAAGGAAUAAGGAAAAAAAAAGGGGGGGGGUGGGGGGAAUCCUCCCUUUACAAAAAAAAAAUAUAGGAAAAAAAAGAUUGAAAAGAAGAGAGAAGCAAUGACCAUGACUACAAUGCCAGAAAGUAUUAACAGCCCGGUGUCAGGCAAGGCGGUGUUCAUGGAGUUUGGGCCACCGAACCAGCAGAUGCCCCCUUCCCCCAUGUCCCAUGGACAUUACUCCAUGCACUGCCUGCACUCCCAGCAUGACAGCUCGUACAGCGGAGCCUCGUCCUUCUCCAGACCCCUGGGGUACCCCUAUGUGAACUCGGUGAGCAGCCAUUCCUCUAACCCCUACAUCAGUACCGUGCAGUCCUACCCCAACAGCAGCAUCAGCCAGACCCGCUUAGAGGAGCCAGGUACAGUACCAGCUACAAUGUAUCUCUCUGUAUUCCAUGCCAACUGCCUGGGAGCCCCCCUAGAUACCUACCUGGAGGGCAUCCUGAGCCAGCUACAAUGUAUCUCUCUCUGUAUUCCAUGCCAACUGCCUAGGAGCCCCCCUAGAUACCUACCUGGAGGGCAUCCUGAGCCAGCUACAAUGUAUCUCUCUGUAUUCCAUGCCAACUGCCUGGGAGCCCCCCUAGAUACCUACCUGGAGGGCAUCCUGAGCCAGCUACAAUGUAUCUCUCUCUGUAUUCCAUGCCAACUGCCUGGGAACCCCCCUAGAUACCUACCUGGAGGUCAUCCUAAGCCAGCUACAAUGUAUCUCUCUCUGUAUUCCAUGCCAACUGCCUGGGAGCCCCCCUAGAUACCGACCUGGAGGCAGAUAGGUUCAUCCUGAGCCAGCUACAAUGUAUCUCUGUAUAUUCCAUGCCAAUUACCCGGGAGCCCCCCUAGAUACCUACCUGGAGGCAGAUAGGUUCAUCCUGAGCCAGGUACAGUACAAGCUGCAAGGUAUCUGUGUAUUCCAUGCCCAUUGCCUCGGGGCCCCUAGAUACCCAGCUGGAGGGCAGCCUGAGCCUGGUAGAGUACCAUCUACAAUGUAUCUUUCUGUCUCCUUACCCAAUGCCUCUAGAUACCUAGCUGGAGCAGCACCAGGCACAGUACCAGUUACAAUGUAACAAUCUCCCUAUCCAUUGCCUUGGGGCCCCUAGAUACCCCAGCUACAAUGUAUAUUUCUGUCUCUCUGCCCAAUGCCUUGGGGCCCCUAGAUACCCGAGCUACAAUGUAUAUUUCUGUCUACCUGCCCAUUGCCUUGGGGCCCCCUAGACACCCCAGCUACAAUGUAUCUUUCUGUCUACCUGCCCAUUGCCUUGGGGCCCCUAGAUACCUCUAGAUACCUAGUUGGAGCAGCACCAGGUACAGUACCAGUUACAAUGUAUCUUUCUGUCUUCAAUGUCCAUUUCCUGGGGCCCCUAGAUACCUAGCUGGAGAUAGAUGCAGCCUGGACCAGGUAUAGAACCUGCAACAAUGUAUGUCCCAGCCUUCCCUGCCCAAUGCCCGGGAUCCCCCCCUAGAUACCCCUGGAUACCUAGCUGGAGGGUAGAAGCAGCAGCCAGCAGCAGUCACAGCUCUCUGUACACAGCGCCCAUUGCAACAGCAGCCCAGAUGUGCACGCAUUAGCCUCCGUAAUUAUUUAUUGCGUGGCGCUAUAAACAAUGUAUGCAAUUAAGGGUAAUUAAACCUAAACUGCAGCAUGCUGGAAAAAGAAUUAGGGGACAAAAAAAAAAUAGAAUCAUUGCAUGGAUUAUGGAUUGCUGCUGAAAUCUUUGUUGUUUCUCCCAUUUGAUGUGUUUGUUGUUUGUUGUUGUUUGUGAUUUGCUAUUGUUUGUGCUGUUGUGAUGGAGUUUACCUGAUCUGUGUUUGAUUUUUUUGCUGGCGGUGCAGGGGCAGAUACUGAGAAGAGCACUGUGGUGGAAGGUGGGGAGGUUCGGUUCAACGGCAAAGGGAAAAAGAUCCGGAAACCCAGGACUAUAUAUUCCAGUCUGCAGCUCCAGCAGACCCAGUACUUUGCCCGAGAGAGCAGAAGCCGCAUCGCUGGGACUCACACAGACACAGGUACCAGCCCACUCAGCCCUGGCACCUUGCUUACAGUCUGGCAUCCUGCAGGUUUAUGUCCUGGCACUGCCCUGACACCCAACAUAAACACACACAGCCAGCACCCUGCCUAACACCUUAUUUACACAUAACCCUAACACCUUAUUUACACAUAACCCUUGCUUAUAUUCAUCCCUGGCAUCCCGUCAUAUACAGCCUGGCAAACUGCAUGCCCCUAGCCUUGGCAUCAUGUGUUGGCACUUUAUUUUUAACACUGGCACCCUGCUCACAUAUGGCACUGGCAUUCAUUUUACAAACUGCCUUGGCACCCUAUCCCAAAGUGCCCGGCACCCAUUUUACAUGGAACCGUGGUGACUCGGUUACUAAGUUGCCACAUUUAACCUUGAAACUCAGACAGAUCCUUGAUACAAUUUGACAUUCCAACAGCAUUGAUAUUAGGUACCAGUGGACGGUAAUGAAACGUUUUGUCUAUUUCUGAACACGUUGAAAUUGCAAUAAUCUGCCAUCAAACAUCUAUUUACUUAUAGCAAUCACAGCUCUCUUACAAUGCGGCAACAUUUACACAUUCAUGUACAAAUCUACAAAUAAAUGUACAGAUCUACAAAGAAAUAUAGUUAGAAGUAACCGAUAAACACACAAAACAAAUCAUUUUUCUUAAAGUUAUUUUCUAUGACAUAUUAUACUGUUUAAAAUGAUAAUGUGGCUCAAAAACACAAACACAAACAAACACAAACAUACACACACAUCUUUAUCUUACAGCAGAUUGCAUGUAGUUACAUUAAAUUAAGGUGGAGUUUUAAGAGGAAGAGAAGUGAUGGCAUUUUAUAGCAAUCAAUUAUUUUAACAAGCUCUCUUGACAGGAUACACUGAAGGGAUUUAGGUAAUUGUAUGUUGGGUCUGCUUGCCAAAUGAAAAAAAAAAUACUAUAUAUAUUUUACUAGUGGAUAGUUAAUACAAUGUUAAACAAAAAUCUGCACACCAGUCAAGCCAUAAGACUUGCUUUUCCUAUAUCUAUAUAUUACUAUGUAGAUUUAAAUGUAAACAAAUACAAUGUAAUAAAAUAUUUCAAUUUAUUUUUAAAAUCGAUAAAAUUACCAGCGUUAUCUUCCCAACGCUAUUCUAGCACUUUCUUACUGCUAAUUAACACUGGGGUCACGACAGAUUAAUUUAUUCUUAUGAAACUAUAUUUUUGGGGCACUUUAUUUAAUUCUAAUUUUUUUUUGCUAAAUGUUCUUGUCACUACCCUAUCACUAUGUACAAAGCACCGCCGUUGGCGAUGUUCCUUUCAUAAAUAUUAUACAUUAUUAUCAUUACUAUAAGUAUUAUUAUUACAAGAUAUCAUUUAGAUACUAUUUUUCAUUUAGAUACUAUCAUUUCAUACUAUUUGUAGCUUCAAACCAUUUAUAUCUAAAUAAUAUAUGCUGAUGUUAUGAAAUGGUUUGUUUAUUAUUUUUGGGCACUAUUAACUUUGCUCUGUGUGUUUCUAUGUAUUGAUGUAUCUGUGAAUUAAUUCUAUGGUGUUAUAUUUCCCCCCCCAUAGGUAAAAAUCUGGUUUCAAAACAAAAGAUCCAAAUUUAAGAAAUUAAUGAAGCAAGGAGGGGCAGCUCUGGAAAGUAGUGCUUUGGCAAAUGGUAGGGCACUUUCUGCCAGUUCUCCCCCUGUACCCCCAGUAUGGAACACCCCAACAUCUUCUGGAAAGACAUCUGGGACCCCAGCAUCCUACAUUCCAAGCUAUACUUCGUGGUAUCCUUCAGCCCACCAGGAAGCUAUGCAGCAACCACAACUUAUGUGAUGGCACAACGUGUCCUUGGCACACAAUAAAACUGUACAAAACAUAACAAUCUACAAAAGAAAUGCAUAAGAACACAAGAUAAUAAUGAGUCCUGUGCCUUCAGAACUAUGGUCAAACCCCAUGUCUGACAUGGUAUGAUAACAGGCAAACUCAGAUCUGAUGAGGGCUGGUACCCAACUGAAGGUAGCUGACAAGAGCAUCUUCAUACCAUGUGCCCAUCCUCUCAGCAGGCACAAGAAGAGCCUGGCAGACAGAGGAGAGGAAAGCAGGCACCAACCAACCAUAUCCUGAGGACAAUUGGAAGGAAAAUAAAGAUGUUUUUAGAGAGAGGGCAAUAACAAGGAUCCUCUCCUGUCUGUCUUUGUCUUUGGUAACAUGUGGUCAUUUAUCCAACCUCUUUACUCAAACAAUGGCGGUUGUUUUUGGAAUAUAUCUGGAUUCAUCUUCCUGUAAUUAAUCCUCAUGUCCCCCCUUGUAAACAAAUGCCUAUCUUGUUCUGUCAACAAAAGGCUCAAUAUAUUUCUUUCUACUACUUACUUUUUUUUUUUUUUAGUUUUUUUUUUAGUUUUGGAGGGGGUGAGGGGGCAUCAUUGAGUAUUGAAAUAUUUAUUAGAAAUAAGAAAAUAAAAUAAAAAAAAUAAUAUGCUACCACUAAGAUUGCACGAUGCAGUUAAAGGUCUGCAUGGCAAAAUGCACUGUUUUAGAAAGAAAUAAUUUAAAAAAACAAGUAAUAAUAAUGCAAAAAAUAUUAAAUAAAAAUAAACUAAAUCACAAGGUUUAGCGUUAUACAUAAUGAGGGUAUCAAUUUCAUUUUUACAGUAACUUUUCUACUUUUAAAACUAAAGAGGUUGGUUUUGUGUGUUUGCUAUAUGUUCAUUCUCCACUGUGCAUAAUUGAAAAAAAUAAAUAAAUAAGAAGAAUUAGUGUGUAUUACUGUUUUUUGCAGAAUUGGGCCUGUUUUACAUUGUAUUUAGGUACCUCUUAAAGAAAAUGUUAACUUAGAAAUUCAGAGAUGCCAGAGUAAUUGGUUGUAAACAAGAAAGGAAAAUAAAAAUGUUUAAAUAUUUUUAACCCCCUUUUCAGUGAAAGAGGUUGUGACAACUCAGAGGCUUGUUUACUUUCUUGCACUCAAAGGGUUAUAAUAUGAUUGUGUUGUCAUCAGAUAUUUUAAAUGCCAAUUGUUUGUAGUUUUUUUCUUUGUUUUGUUUUGUUUUUAAUUAUUCUUCUUUAUUUUUCUUUUAUCUUGCACAUAAUAACCCUUUGAAUGCUGGAAAAUAUAUAUAAAAAACAUACUGCAGAGCAAUAUGUUGCAAAGCCUCCAGCAAACAAGUGGUUAAGGUCUGCAAGGCAGAAACGUUGUACAUAAUGUUUUUUUUUUUAUUAUUGUUCUGUAAACACGUUGCACAGAUCCUGCCCUUCUGUUUGUUCCGUGUGCCUGUAACCACGAUGCUUUGUGAAAAUGGGAGCUUAUCGGCAUCCUUGUGAAAUUUGAAAUGUGAUUACUGAAAUCAGUUGUGUUUAGUGUUCUUAUAUGUCAAAAGUUUAGUUUUAUAUUGAAAAUGUUAACUUAUUGCUUUGUAUCUUUAAAAAAAACAACAACAAAAAACAACUUUGUAUAUAAGUUAUAAAAUUUCUUUAAGGCAGUAAAAUAUGG